GAGGUGAACUUGAACAUUGAAUAGACGCAAACAUUGAUAAAAAGAAAAACAAUAUUAUAAUGCAUAACAUUGCUGGAGAAAAGAGAAAGUUCUUUUUCGCUGCUUCGCAGACGCCGUUAAUGAACGCAGAAUAAACAUUUUCCUACGCUGAAAACAUUCUCGACACAACAGAUGAACCACAAAUAACGAAAGUUUUUAUGUUUGAGUGGUCUCCUGGGUUGAAUAAUAAUGGAACUUCCGUUUCGCGAAGUGUACAAAUGUUCUUGGUUAAAGUUACCCAAUAAUAAUGAGAAGAAAUUAGCCUCCAUUCCUAAGCAAUGGGUUAUAUUUUGCGUUCAUAACGAUAGUAUUCCAUUUCUGGAGGUUUACACUGAUGAGAAAAUGGCCCUAACACAUAAGCCAAAUGUCAGUUACCAACUCACCAAUGUGUUACAUAUAACACCUUCUAUAUGUCCUCAUGAUGACGACGAAUACGAAUUCGUGAUUACAUUUCCAUCUGAGAUGGUUCGUUUGACUGCAUCUUCUCAACACCAGAUGAUGAGUUGGGUGAAACGUUUAAAUGCAAAGUUACGCGAAAUGAAACUCUUAGCUCCAAGUGAAAAUCUGUAUACGAGUCAUUUACCUGAUAAUAAAUCUCAUCUAUUACCCACUCGAGAUCCUAAUUCACCUCUACCUUUACCACCUGCUGUACCGUACAUUCCUCCUGGUGUUGAACCAGUAUCCGCCUCAUCAACGGAUAACUCAGAUGUUACGAGUAAUCGAACAUCAGAGGUUGAAAAUUCUAUAUUGGAUGAUAAUUCCCGUAAUGCUCGAAUCAAUUCUCAAAAUUCAUCUGCGAAUGCUCAACCGUCAACAAGUUCACACGAAAUUCCCAUCUCCCCUGUCGAAAGUUCUUCCUCAUCACAUAAUAGACAUGGUGAAAGCAGCGAAACGAACGACAGCAGUCGAACCGCGUCGAAUAAUGUCACUGUGAUAGAAGUCAGUUCUGCUCCGAAUGGAAAUAUAUUCUCAUUUAAUGGACUUAACGAUAAUUUACUCGAAAUCGAAAGAAAUUCCAACGAGGCGACCAAUGUAUCUGUUAUGCCCAUCAAUACUGAAAGUUUCCCUACUCGAAGACCGAUCAAUAUUGAAUGCCCGGAGGAGAGAGCUGGACAAAAUACUGAUGUUAGAAAUAGUGUCGAAAAACCUUCCACUCCCAUUGUCGAACGUAAUCAUGAAAAUGGAACGGAGAAUACUCAAAAUAUUAAUUCGAAUUUAUACGAACACGUUUUUUUAUCAACGUCUUCUCAAUUAGGAUCAACUAGUAAUCAAUCUACUUCUAAUUCGUGCGUCAGUACACCUUUAUCUCCUAUUGCCACUGAGAACAAAUUACAUUCGCCCAUCACAUCUGUAAAUUUACAGCAUUCGUCUACGCCUUCGCAGCUGCCAAAAAUGGGCCGAGGACGAGGAAACGUUCGAGGAAGAAGGCGCAGUAAUUCAAAUAGCGAAGGAAGUUCCGCCCACCAAGCUGUAGCCGCUGACAGGAUAAGAACUGCUGGUCCUAUGAUGAAUCCAAAUCAGCGAUUAGCUCCUGCUCCUCAUCCUUUUGUUCGUCAAGUCAACAGCGAAGAUCCUGGUAAUACACGUAUUACAUUGAGGGAACAACAAGUAAUGCAAUUAAGGAGAGAAAUGUCACAUCCCGGAGGAGUUCGUUUGCAGCUUAGAAGGAAAGACUGUUUAAAUUCUAUCGCUUUGAUUGAUGCUUUUCAAGCCGUGUGGAUUGCUGGUUGGAAGCAGAAGGAACACCCAAUGCUUUAUACAGCCCUUCAUAUCGGCGAUCAACUAAUAAGUUUAGGUGGUAAAAUGGUAAACAAUGCUGCAGAUGCCCAGAAGUUGAUCCGAGCAUGGCCUAGUCUUUAUAUCGAAUUUGUGAUACGUAGAUUACCAUGUGGUCGCGUUUACGCUUUACGUAAAGAACAAGAAGGUCAGAAUCUUGGUAUUGUACAAGAGAACAAUACAGCUGAGAUAAAAGAAAUUGUACCUAAAAGUGUAAUAGCAGCUCAAGGUCUAACCUCAAGAGUUCGCACGAUGAAUGGGUUAUCGUGGACUACCUGGUACAUAACGGAAAUAAACGGACGUCCUUUAAAUUUAUUUUUCAAAGAUAAUGAAGUUCGAGACCGUUUGAAUGGAGUAGGUUUAGAUAUUUCGUUAUUGGUUCAGCCAUCAGAUCUAAUUAAACAGAUCAAAAAACAAUUAAAAUUAGUCAAAAAUUACAAGGAGUAUAUAGUUCAGUGAUAUAAAGGCGAGUACUCUAUACGCCUUUAAUUUUACCAAAGAAUAAUCUCGGUAUUUUAGGGACGCGUGGAAUUGCAUUAAUCGGUGAUAUGUUUUAGGGAUUACGUAUCCCAUUAUUCAGUCAAUAUUCGUUGUGAUUGAAUGAAAUAACUGUUCCUUUGUUCUGUUAUUCUGAGUGAAUAUUCGAUACAUUACCAACGUGGAAUUAUGUGCAAUACGUAGCUUUUAGUAUAUGGAAUCGUAGUUGUUAUUAAUAGAUAGCUUUUUGUUUAUGUGCAGAGAUACUUUUUAUUCUCUUCGAUGUAUGAAUGUUCGUGUAACAAAAGUUUCAUUCCUUUUGUUUUAAUCUUUUUUUUUUCAUAUCAAAGUUAUUUAGUGUAUUAAUUUAAUUUACGUACAUACAUUAUGCUUUCGUUUAAUUCAAUGUACUUUAGAAGUACGUGUUGCAGUAGUGUACCUGUGACCGUAGUUCCGCUUUCUUUUAUUUUACUCGUGUAAAUCCAAUAAGGCAGGUUUUUUUCUCAAUUUUUGAAUUUCUAUGUAAACAUAUGUGAUACGUGACAUUUUUCAAUUCGCCCAAUGCUCAGUUUGGAAGAGUCUCAAGUUGUCGUGUCUAUUUUUCUUUUUAAUAUAAAAAUAUUCAAGUGUACUCGAUGGUAAAUUUUUUGCUCAGAUGAAAUUUUUUUCGAUGAGUUGAUAACUUUUUAUAAAUAUUACAUGCCACAAUUUUACGUAAUAAUUAUUAAUAUUAUACGCGCAGCUUAAUUACUUGGAUCCCAUAAAUAUUUGAAAAAUAAUAUUCAAUUGUCAUUUUUAGUGAAAUUUUUUCUUCUAACAUUGCAAUUUUUUUGUUGACAUUUUUACUAAAAAGAAAGUAAUGAUCUCCAAAAAAAGUGAUCCUUUUUUAAGUAACUUUCCCCCUUUUUGAAUCCAAUUGUCACAUUUCUUUUGAAAUAAAAUUCUCAGAAUUGAUCAAAUCCCAUUUUGGAUACGAAUUACGAACAAAAUUUUUGAGGUAUCAGUAUAUUAUUAGACUUUUAUUCUAAUUUAUAGUUUAAUGAAUGAAGAACCGAAUGCACCUUUUGUAUGGCAUCGGUAAUUAUUUUCUAUGUUCAUUGACUGUUUAAAAUAGCGAUAAGACUGUUUCGAUUGAGAACUGACGUUUGUAUAAUCCAGAUUUUAAUUAAAAAAUUUGAUCGUA